UCCCCGGAUCCUCCCACCCAUUCUCUCCUCCGCUGCCAUCUACACCCAGGUUCUGGCCUUUGCCUAAGCCCUCGAAGGAUCUGAUCACGAAUCGAUGAAGGAAUUUGGUAGUGUUUGACCUUUUCUUGGGUGAAAGUUCCGUGUUCUUGGAGUUGGAGCUCGGGUUCGAAUCGUUUGAUUCAUUGCUUUCUGGGAGUCGUUCGAAAGAUCGAGUUUUUCGGGGUUUUCUUGUCCAGAUUCGUUUGUUUUUGAGAGAAAGUUUGGGUCGUUGUUGUUGUUAUUCUUCGUCGCUCUGAUGCCUUCUUCCAUGUCGACGGCGUCGUCGUACUGGUGCUACCGGUGUAGCCGCCUCGUCCGGGUCUGGCCGCAGCACGCUAUCGUCUGCCCCGACUGCGACGGCGGCUUCCUCGAGGAGGUCGGCGACUCCCCUCCCCGCGUUGCUUCCGAGUCCCGCCGCAGCCGGCUCUACUCAACUGCAGCGGCCCGCCCUCGCCAGCCCUCAGAGCCCAGCUUCCGCCCCAACCGCCGCGCUUCCUCCCGCCGAUCCCCCUUCAAUCCCGUCGUCGUUCUUCGCGACCCGUCUGAUGGUGGCCGUGAUGAGGAUCGCUCCACCACCACCAGUUUCGAGCUCUACUAUGAUGACAGUACCGCAUCUGGCCUCCGCCCCUUGCCGGAAAGCAUCUCCGAUUUCCUGUUGAGUUCGGGCUUCGACAGCCUCCUCGAGCAGUUCGCCCACAUCGAGAUCAACGGCAUAGCUCACGGCAGAGGACGCGAGCAUCCACCGGCCUCGAAGGUUGCCAUCGAGUCGAUGCCCACCAUAGAGAUCAUGGAUGGCCAUAUCGAGAAAGGCUGCCGUUGCGCCGUUUGCACGGAUGCCUUCGAGCUCGGAACCGAGGCCCGGGAGAUGCCCUGCAAGCACAUCUACCAUCAAGAUUGCAUUUUGCCGUGGCUUUCGCUCCACAACUCAUGCCCUGUCUGCCGGCACGAAAUGCCCACGGAUGUGCAAGGCCAGGGUGCAACGGCUGCGGAAGGCGGUGAGCAGGCGGCCCCUGCUGCAGGGGACGAGGAGGAGAUGGUGGGACUGACGAUAUGGAGGCUUCCAGGGGGAGGGUUUGCCGUGGGAAGGUUCUCAGGGAGCAGGAGAGCUGAGGAACAAGAGUUUCCGGUUGUCUACACCGAAAUGGAUGGCGGAUUCAACGACAACGGAGCACCAAGAAGGAUCUCGUGGGACUCAAGAGGGAGUAGGUCUAGGGAGAGUGGAAGAAUUCGACGGGCUAUUCGCAACGUCUUCUCAUUCUUUGGGCUGUCGAGAUCAACCUCUUCACGGCAUGAAAGAGCUUCAGCUUCCAGGAGGCAUUCAGAAGUCGGGGCACCAAUUUGAAUGGCAACACCAAUGUGAUUGCUUGCUCGGGUAUACAUACGUAUAAGUUUGCAAUGAGUGAUCUUAGGACAUGAAAUCGCUGUAAAUAGAUGGGAUUCCCAAACAUUGUAGCAUUUUCUGAUCUGUAUGCCUUUAGACUUGAAUUGAUUUGUUGGAAAGAAUCAACUGGUUCUUUGCGAUA